AUGGCCACCGAAACUGUCACGUCUACCGCACCAACCCUCACUAUUCCGGCCACUGGCUAUCGAAUGAACGUAGAUGGGACCGAUCCCAAGUUUGGUGACUGGCGCGAUGACCUUGCCCGCGAUGGUUAUGCUGUCGUAAAGGGUGCUGUUCCUCGUGAGAGAGCGCUGCAGUAUGCGGAUAAGAUGUACUCCUUGGUGGAAUCAUUUGGAAUGGGCUACGACCGCAAUGAUCCUUCCACGGUCCAUCCUGACAAGUUGCCAGUGAUCAACGAGAAGGGAAUGCUCCUUCCAUAUGGUGCGUGCCAUGAGGAUUUCGUUUGGGCUGUUCGCUCCGAGCCGGGCGUUGUCGGCACAUUCGAGAAGGUCUUCGAUACCCAAGAUCUCCUUGUGUCUUUCGACACUAUCAAUUAUGGCUUUGCCAACCGUACAAAUCUCCAGGCCAACAACCCGUGGCCUCACCAAGACCAAGAUCCGGAUACUCCUGGUUUCCGCUGUCUUCAGGGUCUGGUUAACCUUCUUCCUAACGGACCUAACGAUGGUGGCCUCAUUGUGUGCAAAGGUGCUCAUCUCCUUAGCGAACAGUUCCACGAUGACAUUCGUGGCAAAGAAGACAGAAUCCCAGCGUGGACGAAGGAGUGGUAUGGAUACACUGACAAGGGAAUGCAAUGGUUGAAAGACCAUAAUCUGGAGUGGGUCAAGGUUGAGGCUGAGCCCGGGGACCUACUACUCUGGGACUCGCGGACGCCUCACUACAACGUUCCUGCCACAGGAACCCAGGACAGACUUGCGAUAUAUACCUGCUUCAUGCCCGUAGCCGAUGCGUCCCAGGAGGACCUGAUUCGCAAGAAGGCCGCGUACGAAGCGAGAGUCGGCACUACACAUUGGCCCAACGCUCUAUUCUCUGGAUCCAACAAGGCUAUGCGGAACGGCAAGCCGGACUCGGUGCAGCGGGACAGGCCUCUACAUGAUGCAGUAUUGAGCGAGCGGGCAUUCAAGCUGACGGGUAUCCCUUACAUCAAGGCUUGA